AUGAACAGACACGUUGAUUUAGCAACCUCGGGCAAGGAACUGUGGUGCACGGAUUGCGACUUGCCUAUUUCCUUGAAAGAUGUGAGUCAUGAGAAGAAAUACGGAGUGGCCAGCAUUCUUCAAGUAGAAUGCAUGCGUUGUCAUGGUUUCAACUUUUCAAGCAGAAGAGAAUUCACCAAUCAGUUUUCCAGAAUGAUAGAUAAUGGGCUUGGCGAGACUCAUGUCAACGGUUUAUUGGCAUCAGCUAAUUUCCUAACUAUCUCAUUUACUUUUUUGAAGAAGACUGAGAGGAGACUAGGAUUAGCCAUCGAAGAAGUGGCUAAAGAGUCAUGUUUGGAAAGUAUACAACUAGAAAAGAAAGAAACAUUGGCUGCUAUACAGAACGAGGACACCAAAAUAAAGGAGAUGCUGAGAAAAUUGCAAAAGCUCUACGAAGCAUUGUUUUGCUUGCUUUUGGAGAUCACACACAGUGUGGAGAUUGGUGCGCUGAGAAAAAUAGCCCUGAUGAGUCAAAGCAACGAGUCUGUAAAUCAUAUGAUUGUCAGUAAAAAUCCUAAAUCGAGACAUUACAGUGCCUCAGAUUCUCUGAAUUUUCGUGUAGCUGCAGCUGUAUGUCAGAAGAAUAUUGGCGGCAACUACUAUUCCAAUUUUCGACAGAAGUUAAAAGUAGUACCAGCCCCUCUAUCGGAAAAGUUCCGGAAAAAUAAAGAUAAUAAAAGAGAAAAAAAUAAAAUCUUGAAUAAAACAAUAGUUCAGAAGAAAAGAAGAUUGCAAUUAAAAGAACAACGCGAAACAAAAAAUUCUGUAAAUUCUCGCAAAGAAGGUGUAACGUAUGAAAGUGGUGUGGCUUUGGUUGAUGUGUCUGCAGUACUACCCCAACGACUCCCUGAAAUUGGAAAUUGUGCGCUUGAAUCUUUAAAUGAAUUCAAAGUAGUGAUUUUUGACUUAGAAACAACAGGUUUAUCUAAAAAUUAUGAAAUAUAUCAGAUUGCACCGUGCACUGACGAAGAUUCAUUCAAUGCGUACGUUAUUCCGUCUAAAAAUAUAUCCAAAAAAACAUAUGAAAUAACAGGUCUCCAACUUAUAGAUGGCGAUUUGUAUUAUGAAGAUAAAAGAGUAGAAGCAUUCUCAGCUAGAGUCGCUUGUACGAAUUUCUUAACUUACCUCAACAGUUUUAAAUGCCCAAUCAUUCUGCUUGCACACAAUGGCUUUAGCUUUGACAUGCCAAAAAUAAUAAAUCUUUCAACAGAUUUAGGAUUGAUGGAAGAGUUUAAAUCCGCAGUUCAGAGAAUCCUUACUGAUAGAAAGAAAGAAAAAAAAAGUUUACAGUACAAGCUUUAG